AGCAUAAAAUGGAAAGCAGGAACGUUGGCGACCGGCGUUAACGUAAAAGUUUGAAAGAGGAUGAGGUUCCACCGGCAGGUGCUAGCAAUUAGAGAGUGGAGCAGAGGACAGAGAACUGUGAGCCAUGGGUUGUGGAUUUUUUUCUCUCGACAUUUUCACUAAAAAUUAAAAUAAAUAAAAUAUAUUUGUGUAUUUUGGUACCUAUUGCUAUAUGACAUCAAAAUCAAUAUAGUGUAUUAAAGGUGUGUCGAUUGCAAUUAUGUGAGGUGUGUCAGAAAUCCCGAAUUCAAGUUUUUUGUACCAACGAAACAUGGAUCUCUCACAAUAUUUCCGAGCCAAGGUGUGUCAGUUGACACACCUUGCUAAUGCAUGGGUCCGCCCCUAACUACUAGCCAUAGAGAUUGUGUAGCAAUCAAUACUGUUAGAAAAUCGCAGGACACAAAUCUGAAUGUGCAUUUUCUUCGUGGUUUGAAUGGGAACUAUUCUAUUCCAAGGCCACAACUGAUGUUUAGUGACCCUUUACCCACUAUGGAUCAAGUAUUUUAUCGCAUGGCACAACAUAAAAGACAGUGUUAUGGUAAUCAAGUUGAUAAGGGCGGUAUGGUAGAAUCAAUUGCUCUAGCAUUGUAGUCCGUGGUGUCAGGGCACCAGAAUAUCAGCAGACUAGACCAGACUGGAACCCUUCCUUUGCAUCUAGUAGAGGGAGAGGCAGAGGUCGUGGAAGGUUUUGAGGAUCACGACCAUUCUGUACUUACUACAAAAUGCAAGGAUCACACUGAAGAAACAUGUUACCAUAAGCAUGGUUGACCACCUGGUAUGACUCCUAAAAGUGGCAGAGGUGUUGGAUCAAGUAAUCCACGAAAUGCUAAUCAGUGACGACAUAGAAUCCCUGUGAUGGUUUAAUUCAUACAAACUUGACUCACAUUGAAAUUAGGAAUAAUCAGCUCAGACUAGUGAAUUUCACCAACGUCACAAUGUCAGGUCCGGUUAAUAUAACGACCACAAACGGACUGACGUCAUAAUAUGUAUAAGCUUUUUUCUCUAGAAAAGAAAGUUCGUAACAGUAGCGCGCAGGCCAGCUGCACCAUUAUCCGCCAGGUUCUCCACACAUAGACGGGCAAACGGAAAAGUUCGUCCUCUUCUCCUUGACUCGGCUUUCUCCCAACUCCCGGCUGCUGCUGCUGAAUCCGCGAAUCUCCGGUGCGCAGCCAUGUCGUCGAUCGCAAGAUUGAGGCCAGCUCUUCUUCUACUUUUAUUGCAAUUCUGUCUCUCGGUUCUAUCUCCUGCGCUUGCUAUCUCAACUGGGUCAGUCGAUGGUCACACCAUCAAUGGCCGAAUUAAGAUCCCGGUAGCAAUUGGUGCUCUUGGGAAAAUAUCAAAUGUCAAAGUGAUAUUGAAUGGUGGACAAAAUGUUACCUUUCUGAGACCUGACGGAUACUUCUCAUUCCAUAAUGUUCCAGCAGGGACACAUUUGAUUGAAGUUUCAGCAACUGGCUAUUUCUUUUCUCCGGUCCGAGUUGAUGUUAGUGCCAGAUUCCCGGGCAAGGUUCAGGCAGCAUUGACUGAGAACAGAAGAGGUCUGACUGAGUUGGUGUGGGAGCCAUUAAGGGAAGAAUAUUACUACGAGAUUAGAGAACCCUUCUCCAUAAUGUCACUAGUCAAAAGCCCCAUGGGACUCAUGAUAGGAUUUAUGCUAGUUGUGGUGUUCUUGAUGCCCAAAUUGAUGGAGAACAUGGAUCCUGAAGAAAUGCAGCGAGCACAAGAGGAAAUGAGGAGCCAAGGCGUUCCCUCUCUGGCGAACUUUUUGCAGCCAGCUGCUACUGCUAGGAGUGGUUAGAGAUUUUACUAUUGACUGAGUUCAAUCAUUUUGGUUCCAAUUCGGCGCUGGUUGAUCCCAAAGUCAACUAUUAUACGAAAAGUAUGUAUCCCAUAGCGUUGCGAAAAUUUCAGUCACUGGGAAUGCAAGAAACUAUAGAAUAGCGUAGUUCAAAUCUUCAAAUGAGUGUUCUGUUUCUGUAAGGAAUACCAGCCCCUAUUCUAAUGUUGCACGAGAGAGAUUUAGUGUAAGAAAGUUGAGUAUAAUCGUGGCAUGUUGGAUGGGUACAGUAGAAGUUGAAGAUGAUUGAAUUCCUUGUUAACCUAAAGGUACUUUUGUAAACAAACAUACCAGUCACGA